AUGUCACCUUCGGAGAACCGUGAGAACGGGGAGCAAGAGCCUCUGCUCCGGAAUGCCGAGUCUCGCCAACAGACUGAUGGUGAUGCCGAGCCCGUAGCCGAUGUGGAGGCGGCGGGCACAUUCUCGCGCAAUCUCGGCGCCAAGGAGGCCUUUGCCAUUGUCAUCAGCAUUGUGAUUGGCAGUGGCAUCUUUACCUCUCCCGGUUCUAUUGAUACCAACGUGCCAUCGCCGGGCGUUGCGCUUAUUAUAUGGCUCGUCGGUGGCGUGCUGGCUUGGACGGGCGCGAGCACCAUGGCCGAGUUGGGCACGGCCAUUCCCGGUGAAGGUGGUGUUCAGCCUUAUCUACAGUACAUUUUCGGCGACAUAUUCGGCUUCUUGGCGGCUUGGACCUGGAUUGUUGCCGUCAUGCCCGCAACUCUAGCCAUUCUGAGCAUUGUUUUCGUCGAAAGCAUAUUCUCAGCCCUGGGCGUGACAGACCAAGCCGAUGCCGUCGAACACAAGCUGCUCUCGAUACUGAUCCUGCUGAUCAUGAACGUUGCAAACUCGAUUAGCACCAAGGCCAGCACCAGGCUCAACAACUUCUUUGUCUUUACUAAAUUUCUGAGUAUUGCCGGCGUCGUCAUUGCUGGUAUCGUUGUCGUUGCACUGCAAGUCUCGGAUCCGGAUCGUGACAUUGGUGGACGUGACUGGUUCAACAAGUCUUGGUUCGGAUACCGGAAUACCGUCAAUCCGGAUGGCAGCGAGACGGACUGGUCCAAGAUAUCCCAGUGGGAGCUGCUCGGACAUUACUCAGCCGCACUCUAUGGAGCACUGUGGGCUUAUUCUGGCUGGGACAAGGCGAUUUACAUUUCUGCUGAGCUGUCCAAGCCCGCUCGCCAAUUGCCAUUGGCAAUCAACACUGCUGUUCCAGCGAUAGUAGUCUGCUUCCUCGCUGCAAAUGCCGGGUACUACAUCUUGUUGCCGUGGACUGUGGUCUCCACCACGGACAGUGUCGCAGUGACCGCCAUUACGCGACUGUUAGGUCCCGUCGUCGGAGUUGUAGCUGCCGUUCUCAUUUGUCUGGUCGUCGCAGGAUCACUACUAGGCAACUCCUUUGUCGCAGGCCGCAUGGCUGUGGCCGCAGCUAACAAGGACUGGGUGCCACGCUUCCUCUCAAUCGUUGGCCACGUUGGCCUCCAGCCUCGCAGAGAAGCUGCCCCUGAGAACGCUGAGGGCAACACUGACUCAAACGAGCAAUCAGGGUCUGAUGCGCCCUUGAAUGCCAUCAUUUUGUCGACUAUCGUCUCGGCACUAUACAUCUUGCUCGGCAAUUUCAGAGCUCUUGUCACGUUUAACGGACUAGGCGAGUACUCUUUCUUCUUCCUCACUGUACUUGGUGCGGUUAUCUUGCGUUUCCGUGAGCCGAACCUGAAGCGUCCCUACAAACCAUUUCUGUUGGUACCUCUGGUAUUUGCAGCUGUGAGCGGUUUUGUCGUUGUCCGUGGCGCCAUCUUUGCUCCGAGAUUGGCGCUGGUUUUGAUCGUUGUCUGGGCACUGGGACUUGGUUUCUACCAGAUCCGGAAGUACAUUGCCCAAAGGAAUGCAUCCGAAUCGUAG